AUGGAUAAAUUACCGGGACUGUUUGAAUCUGUUAAAGCGCAUGAUAUUGAGUUCCCUAACAAUCAGUUCGGGUACCGGGAGUUGAUGGAUACUAAGGAGGUUAGGUUGUCAGAGGAUUAUAAGGAGGGUGGUGGGAAUAAGGAGAGGAAGAAAAGGGCGCCUUUAGCUUGUUUGAGGUGCAGGAAGCGACAUGUGAGAUGCCCUGGUGGGAAUCCGUGUUCCAAGUGUGUUUCCGCGAAUAUUGCGUGCGAGUACUUGGAGCCGAGUAAGAAGUUAAUAGUAUCUAUGAAGUACCUGCAGAAGCUGCAGCAUGACUUAGCGAAGUUGAAGAAGGAGAAUGUCAAUUUGCAAGCUCAGUUGAAUGAGAGGAUUUCUCGGCAGGAUGCUUCUUCUAAAGCGGCGCUGGACGGGCUAAAUCAGAGGACAUUGCCCACUGGGGCGGGGGGUGAGGCAGAUAUAAAGUUUCACAAGAAUUCUGUUGCUGGGACGGAAGAUGAAGACGAGAUGGUUCCUAAUUUUGCUGAGAGGAGGGGGAGGUUGGUGGAAUCUCGAACGGGGCAACGGUAUUUUGUUGGAUCAUCGUCAAUGACCUUAUUUGGUAUGGAGAUUCAGUCUUUGAUCCCGGAGUCUUUGAAGCAGAAAAGAAAGGCUAUUGCUAGUCCUGUUUUAAAAGAGGCUAGCAUUGUUUCUGGUCAGACAGGCGCUCCUGCAACGAUUCAGGCGGGUGAUAUUGUAGAUGAGGUUUUACAAGAGGAGGGCAACGCCUACAAGAUCGUAUUGGCGAAGAAUGAGCAUAAUGAAGAUAUGAGUUUUAACUUUACGUUACCUGCAUACUCAUAUGCUAUGCUUUUAGUGGAUACAUUUGUCAAUUAUAAUGAUGGUUGUUUUUACUUCUUCAAUGAAGGGAUUGUGAAGGAAAAUUUACGACUCUCCUAUGAGGGGAUUGCUUGUUUUGAGGAUCACACACUACAGACAAUAUGGCUUUGUAAAGUUUUGUUGAUAUUCGCCACUGGAGAAAUGUACUUAGGAUGCGCUGAUAGUUGCAGUGAUACGAACUCCCCUAGUGAGAAUCCGUUAUUGCCAGGAUCGGGUUUCUUUGAGCAGGCAUCUCAAAUAUUUGGUUUCCUAUUUUCAAAUGGGCGAAUUGAAAACGUUACCAACGAAGGGGGGAUAGAGUUGAUGUUAUUAUAUGCAUUUUAUCUACAAGUUGCUGACUGCACAGUCGCUUCUUAUUUUUAUUUUGGACAAGCUCUAAGAGCAAGUUUGAUAUUAGGAUGGCAUGUCGAUGCUCAAAGAGACGUAUUAACACGUUUUGAUUUGGAACAUCGUAGAAGAUUAUGGUGGACUGUUUAUAUGUUUGAAAGAAUGUUAAGUAGCAAGGCAGGUUUACCUUUAAGUUUUUCAGAUGACACAAUUGCAACGGAAUUACCUGACGACUUUGAUAUGUCCAAUCCACCUAAGGGUUGUGAGCACUACAUUUUUCCCGAAGCUGAAUAUAUCACAAAUUGUGUCAGAAUUACGCAAUUGAAUGCACAAAUUUUAAAAAAGUUAUACCAAAAGCAACCGGAUUCGAACAUUUUGCCCAUAUUGAAGGACAUUGUUAUGCAAUUGCUAGAGUGGAGGACAAGUCUAUCAGAUUUCCUGCAGGUUGAUUUCACUCAAAAGGACCUGAAAAUAUCUCGGUUAUGUACCAAUAUGUUUACUGAGUAUUUCCAAGGGUUGAAUUUGGCUAUAAGGCCUUUAUUAUUCCAUUUCGCCUCCAAACAACUGGCAAGUUUUGAGACUUCUAAUACCUACAUAAACUUACUGAACUAUUCAAAAACAAUCUCAUCUCUUUUGAAUUGUUCUCUGCAAGCGUCAAUCAACUCAAUAAGAUCUUUAUGGGCAAUGAUGUCCCAAAAUAUGGUUGCAAUUUUUGGUUAUAUGGAGAGAGAGUACCUUUUUACAUCAGCAUGUACUCUUGUAUUAUUCAACGCAGCCUUUGGUAUACAUGAGCAAACUUAUCAACAUCUAGAUCAUGCUUUAAAGAUAUUUAGUAAAAUGAGAAAUUCAGGGAAUCAUCCUGCUGGCCUUCGUAGGGCGCAAUUGUUAAGACUAAUGAGUGAUCUAGAUUUCCACGAUGUUAUGAAAGAUCUGAUAGCAAAACAUGCUGAUACUGUGAAACCAGAUCCUCAGUGUAAUGAUGAGGAUUCUGAGAAAAAAAUUAAUGUAGUUCGACAACUACAUGCACUUUCUCCAACUGGGAGCGUCAACAGUGGUUCUGGUAUAUCAUGUGAUUCGGUGGCACCAGAUUUAACUGACCUUUCAAAAAACGAGGCCCAAACUAUCGAGAAAAAUGUUAGCAGGUUAGACUUGCAGACCCUUGACAUGCAUAAUGACUUACAAGAAAUGUUGGAUAAUCUGAAUGAAAUUGGCAAAUGUGAUGAUCAGUUAUGGAAAGAAAUUACGGAUCAGGCUAUGUGGUUGGGAAAUGCAAUGGAUCCAGCAUGCGCUUUGGGGAACGAAUCAGACUUUUAUAAAUCAAAUCCCCUUAAUUUUAAAUGA